AUGUACACCAAGGUCUUUACCGCGGCCGUUGCCGUCCUUUCCUUCGCUUCAGUCGAAGCCGCCAUCCUCCCACGCGCAACAAUCACGCCUGGAACCGUCGUCCUUCCCGAAGUCGUCUUCAACCCCGGCGAACUGACAGAUCCGCUCUACACCGCGCUGAACAUCCUCCGCGGCGACAUCCUCAAGACCACAACCUUGGCCGGCGACCUCACAAAGACCGUCGGAACAACAGUCAAGGAUAGAACCGACCAAGUCAACGCCGUCAUCCGCCAAAUAACAAGCAACACAAACAGCAUCCGCACCAGAGUCGGCACAGUCGUCGGCAACCUCCUAGGCGUCGUCCCCUCAGGCAUCCCCGCCCCGUCCGCGACAUCCGCCGCGCCUCCCUCCGUGCCCACGGCCGAGGUCGUCCAGAUCGCUCAAGACGUCGUCGUCCAGGCCCAGCUGCUCGCCCGCCAGGCCACCACCCAGCUGCAGAACCUCCAGGCCCAGGCCAACGCCGUCGCCGACCCCGUCUCCAAGGCCGCCUACACCCUCGCUUACACGCAGGCCAGCCUGGCGCUUCAGGUCGCGCUCAGC